AUGCCUGCUCCAAGAGGUGGAAGAGGUGGAAUGUCCUUCAGAGGCCGCGGUGGCUCUGGCUCCCGCGGUCGUGGUCGCGGUCGUGGUGGUCGUGGUGGUCGUGGUGGUGCGGGUCGCAGAGGAUUCACAUCGUCACGAUUGGACGAGAUUGAAUCGGAUCCGUCCUCCGGUGAUGAAGCUAACAAUGAUCAAUUGGAGGAUAUCGAGGACGACACCAUGGACGAGGGAUCAUCUGGCAGCGAAGACGACGAAGAAGAAACCACAGCGCGCCCAUAUAACGAAUUGCUCGAACUGCUCCACGCCAACUCGGACUCGAAGCCACCAGCUGCGAAGCGGCGAAAGCUCGCUGAAUCAAAAAUAGAAAAUGCGCCGGAAGAAGACGAGGAAGAGUCUGGAGGUGCCAACGAUUUGGAAGCUCAAGCACCAUCCGAUGAUGAGGAAGAGGACCAAGAAGCUGAAGUUGAAGACGACGAUGACGAUGAUGCGGUUGGGCCGUUUGAAAAGCAUUUUGAUAUCGGAGAGGGGUUCGAGAUUACCAAGAAGAUUGCGCAAAUCGAAGCCAACAAGUGGUCCUCGACUAAGAAGGAAGUGGAUGGGCUGCGACUGGUGCGCACCGUACCUGAUAUUGGUGAUGACACUACAUCUCUGCUUCCAGCGAUGAAAGCCACGGCCAAUCUUAAGGUCAAGCAAAAGCUGAAGCCUCGCGUCGCAGAGUCUCUGCCCACUCUCGAGGGUGACGCUCAGCAAAUUGCGCCAUAUGUAUUUGACUACCAGGAUGUCCUUUACGGCGCCCGCUCCACCGAUACCGCAGACGCCAUGCGCGAUGUUAUGGCCCUUCACGCUGUCAACCACCUGAUGAAGACCCGAGACCAGGUGUUGAAGAACAAUGCUCGUCUGGCCAAGGACCCUGACACCGAUGUUGAGUGUCGGGACCAGGGAUUUACUCGACCAAAGAUUCUUUACCUUCUGCCGACUCGACAGGCCUGUGUCCGGGUCGUCAACUCGAUCACCAAGUUUUACCAGGUUGACCAGCAGGAAAACAAAAAGCGUUUCCUCGACGCCUUCUCCUCGUCUAGUGAGGGAUGGGAUCACAAGACAGAGGAUGCCCGGGAGUUGUUCGGCGGCAACAAUGACGAUAUGUUCAGACUGGGAUUGAAGUUUACGCGCAAGACGGUCAAGUACUUCUCGCAAUUCUACAGUUCUGACAUCAUCCUGGCCAGUCCACUGGGCAUGCGGACAAUCAUGGACCAAGCGGAUGCCAAGAAGCGAGACCAUGACUUCCUUUCCUCUAUCGAAGUCGUAAUUGUCGACCACGCCGAUGCAUUGCUCAUGCAGAAUUGGGACCAUGUGUCGUAUAUCUUCCAGCAUCUCAAUCUGCAGCCCAAGGAAGCCCACGGCUGCGACUUCAGCCGUGUCCGCAACUGGUACCUUGACAACCAGGCCCGACAUGUGCGACAGACCAUCAUGCUUGCCUCCUUCAUCACACCCGAGAUCAACUCACUUUUCUCCACCCAAAUGCAAAAUGCCGCCGGUCGCCUCAAGGCCACACCAACCUACGCCGGCGCGAUCACCGAGCUUCCCCUCCCUGUCUCGGUCAAACAGACCUUCUCCCGGAUCGACAGUCUCUCCCCAGCCAAGGACCCAGACGCACGGUUCAAGCACUUCACCUCGACGGUGCUCUCGACGCUAGUGAAAAACAUCACGGGACGCGGCAAGGGCAGCUCAGGCACGCUGAUCUUUGUUCCGUCGUACCUGGAUUUCGUGCGCGUGCGUAACCACUUUGCCACCUCGACUCAAACGACGCACGUCUCCUUCGGCGCGAUCUCCGAAUACAGCGAGACCAGCGAGAUGUCGCGGGCCCGCAGUCAUUUCAUGAGCGGUCGUCACUCGGUAUUGUUGUACACCGAACGUGCGCACCAUUUCCGUCGCUACCAUAUCCGUGGAGUGAAGCGCAUUAUUAUGUAUGGACUGCCGGAGAACCCUGUCUUCUAUCAGGAGAUUGUUGGGUUCCUAGGUCUUGAUCCGGCCGAGCUGGUCGAGGCAGUCGAGGGUGGCGUGCGAGUGCUGUUCUCCAAGUGGGAUGCACUGAAGCUGGAGCGAGUGGUAGGCACCCAGAGAAUCGGUAAUAUGAUGCGUGAGAAGGGCGGUGAUACUUUUACUUUUGUAUAG